AUGGCUGCUACGUCUUAUUCAACAUUACCUUCUAGUACAUAUGCUAGUUUUGGAUCUAGACAAGAUCCAUAUCAUUCAACUAAUUAUAGUACACAUGAUGCAGGUUUUGGUUCAUUAAAUUCACAUCCAUAUCAAUAUGAAACAAAUAGUUAUGGUACUAUUCCUAUUGAUAAUCAACAAACAAAACUAAAUAGUUAUUCAAAUUCAGAAGUACCUUUAACUAAUUAUAGAUCUAUAGAUAAAAAUAAUAAUAAUAAUCCCGGAAGUUAUGGUAUGACAAAUACCGUGCAAACAUCAUAUAAAAAGAAUAUGGAUAAUCAACAAGUAGAAUCAAAGAACCAUCAACAGAGUUCAUAUGCUAACACAACACAGCAACAUCCACCAAUUCCAGUUGAUAAGCAAUUUCAGCGAUCUGAAACACAUCUUCUUCAAUCUGAACAUCAGACCUCAAAUCGUCUUUCUAAGGAACAACAACACCAUAAAUCUCAGCCACCACUUCAAUCAAACUUAACUCGAUCUGAGCAACAAAUGUCAAAAGCUCGUGCAUCACCUGCUAUUCCUCAUCAUUCAUUAUCUUAUGGUGAUAAGAAUCAUGUACCUGAAACAUCAUUGAAAUCAAGUAGUCUUUUACAAGAAUUAAAACCUACAAAAUCAAGUAAGAUGCGAGCUGCGGCUAUACAAAAAAGAGGAAGAGUUCUUGAACAAAAACGUCAAGAUCGAUAUUUUCCAUCAAGUGAAAAUACAGCUAUAUUAGCAAAAUUACAACCUCAACAUGAAAGUCCUAAACCAGAUGUUGAACAAAAGAAAAAAGAAAAACCGACUCGUAAUAAAAAAAAAUCUCAUUCAUUACCAAGCCAACAUCAAAGUCAUCGUGAUGAAAAUCAAACAGAAGAUAAUAAAAGUUCAGGUGAUGAUGAUGAUAAUAAUAAUAAUAAUAAUAAUAAUAAUAGUAAUAAUACUAACACACAUCAUCGAAGUAAAUCUCAAAAACGAACAACAUUUCCCAAUAAGCGUCUUGAAAAACAUUCACAUCUUCCUCCAAUUCAUCAUGGUCGAAUGCCACCUUUAUAUGAUCCUUACUUUGAUUAUCCAUUCCCUCCAGGAUAUCAUGCUAGAGGACGACAUCCAUAUUCAGAUGCAUUUCCACCCUAUGGAUCCCAUUAUGGUCCAUAUGGUCAUCCUCAUUUGUAUGGAAAUGCUGAUGAUAUUCCACCUUAUCUUUCACCAUAUCAUGAUGCUUAUGAUCCAUUUUUUGAUUAUGAAAAACGAAAAAUUAAACCAAAACGACAUACAAAUAAAACUGAUGGUCAUAGUGAUCAUGAAGAAAAUAAUGGUGGUAAUACUGGACAUGAAAUUGAACGAGAUGAUGGUGCUAAAAGUCAAAUAUCACGAAAGAGUCGAAAUAAAAAUACAAAUAAUGAUCAUGCUGGUCGAAAAAGUCGUCGUGAUUAUGAAGAAAAUAUGCAUCCACAUUGGCCACCAGGUUACUAUCCAUCACAUUACCAUCAUGGUCGUGAUAUGCUUGAACUUUGGCGUCAAGAACGAAAUGAUUAUUUAAAAAGAUCAUUUAAACCAACUAUUCAUGACGUUCUUUAUUCUCAACAAUGGAUGAAAGCAGAUAGUUAUUUAGAAAACCAACGAAGACGUGCAUUACGUGAUGCACAAGGUUAUUAUUUUCCAUAUAAAAAAUAUACAUUAAAAGAUUAUAAAGAUUUACAAAAAUUAAAUAAUCCAAAUCUGUUCGGUGAUACUAAUGAAGCAGUUAUUGAUCGAAAAGAACGUGCGAGAAAACGUCAAGAAUAUGGAUCAUUAGUUGAAAGACAAGUAGUCGAUAAUCCAGGAACACGACAUAUACCAGCACGUGAAAUGCAAUCUCGACAACCAUGGCAUUUAAGUAAUAGCGAGUAUGAUGCUGAAAAAAUAUCAAAAAGAGACCGAGCUCUUGAAUAUGCUAAAGACCAAGUAGUAUUGGUAGAUAAACGUAAUAAAAAUACACGCGGAUGUUUUGCAGAAUUGAAAUGUGGAGAAAGAUCGGAAAAUUUAUCGAUUUCUGUUCAAGGUCUACCAGGUUUACGAGGACCAUCAGGAACAACAGGUCCACCUGGACUAAUGGGUCCACAAGGUUUAACAGGUCCUCCUGGUCGUGAUGGUUUUAUUGAACGUCCACCUGCAUUUUAUGCUGAAUUACGACGUUUAUUUGUUACAAAAAAUAGUGAUAGCAUACUUCAACCAUGGACAUUAAGUGAAACAGCAAAUGUACCCGAUGCAUUUUUAUAUUUCUCACAAAACACUGGAAUAUUUACUGUUCCUAUAAGUGGUCUUUAUCAUUUUUUUCUUACAAUAUCUGUUUCAAAAGCUAAGGCAUCGGUUUAUAUUACUCGAAAUGGCGAACGUGUACGAACAGUUUGGAUAGAAUCAGUAGCAACAAUACAAAAUGAAACAGUAGCAUGGGGUUGGGCAAGUGGUUCAAUUGAUUGUCUUUUAUAUGGUCAAACAGGUGAUCAAAUAGCAGUUGUUGCUUCUUAUCGUUCACAUGAAAAUUUCAAUUCUCAAGUGUAUGGUUAUUCAUAUUCAACAUUUUCUGGAUAUAUGUUACAUAAUAUUUAG